CUACUCCUCCUGCCCGCCCAGCCCAUCACAACGACGACGCCCACAAGUCUCAGCUACUACUCCUAGCUCCCAACCGAACCGAGGAGAAGGACGCCGUGCAGGUGCAGCUCGGGCGCGCGCGCGGCGAGCGCCAGGAAGGAGAAGAAGAAUGUACCAGGCCAUCCCGUACAGCGCCGGCCGGCCGUGGCCGCAGCCCGCGCCGGCGAUGGGCGUCGAGGCGACGACGGCAGCAGCGGAGGAGAGGCUGCUGGCGGCUGUGCGGCAGCAGCAGCCGGCGCCGGAGGCGGAGGCGGCGGCGAGGGAGGAGGAGGUGCGGCGUGCGGUGGCGGAGUGCCCCGUGCUCGUGGUGGGCAGGCGCGGGUGCUGCCUGAGCCACGUGGUGAAGCGGCUGCUGCAGGGGCUCGGGGUCAACCCCGCCGUGCACGAGGUCGCCGACGCCGAGGCGGAGCUCGCCGGGGUCGUUGACGGCGGCGACGUCGCGCUUCCGGCGGUGUUCGUCGGGGGCAGGCUCCUCGGCGGCCUCGACCGGCUCAUGGCCGUGCACAUCUCCGGCGACCUCGUGCCCAUACUCAAGGACGCCGGCGCGCUGUGGCUCUGAUGUGAAGACCAAGCCGUUGUUGUUGCCUCUCCAUCGUCAGCACUUCUUUCUUUUUUGGUUUCCCUGUCCUUGCUUGGAAUUAAACGAUGAUGUGUUGUUAACUUAUUUUUAUUUACUCCUAGAUCGACUAGAUAGACAGGCAUGCACAUAGGACUUUAAUUCUUUUAGUUGAAAAAAAAAGGUUAUUACUAGGAGAAAUGGAGUGCGCAUGUAAGCGAUUUCCUAUAAUAUAGUAUAUAUAUUUGUAUUUUCCGCAUCAUGUGAAUAUGAAAGAGUGUUAAAAUAGCUGAGCUUCUA